CAAUCUUAUCCAAAUAUAUCACUAAGUCAGGAAGAGAAAGAGUAUCCAAUUGCAUUUACUUUAACUGUCCAUAAGAAUGCUGAACAAGUUGAAAGAUUAUUACGCAGUAUUUAUAUGCCUCAUAAUUAUUACUGUAUCCAUGUAGAUAACAAAUCAUCGCCAGCGUUUACACAAGUAAUGAUGAACUAUGCUAAAUGUUUCCGUAAUAUUAUUGUAUUCAAUUUAAUUUCAGUUAUACCAACGACCUAUUCGCGAAUACAAGCUGAUCUAUACUGUAUGGAAGCACUUCUUCUUCAUCAUCACAAUUGGAAAUACUGGAUUAAUUUAUCCGGCGAUGAUUAUCCAUUAAUGACAAAUCGAGAAUUAGUCCAAUAUCUAAAAACACUAAAUGGCCAAAAUGAUAUUGAAACUUUAGUUGCUGCUCAUUUAAAAUCGAGAUAUCAAUAUCAUUACUAUUUAUCAAAAAGUGGACAAUAUUUACCAAGUACUAGAUUUAAAUCCCCAAUAUCGUUAAAUAAUGUUAGAAUUUAUAAAGGCGGAUCAUUUAUCGCGGCUACGUAUGAAUUUUGUCAAUUUGUUAUGAGUAAUAUGACAGCAAAAGCAAUCUUAAACUACUUUAAUGAUACUUUUCUACCUAGUGAAAAUAUCUGGGCAACAUUGCAGCGAAUCGACGGUGUUCCAGGUUCAAUACAUUUCAAUCAAUCAUAUCGAACUAAAGCUGUUUCAUCAAAAUCUCGCCUAACUAAUUGGGGAUCAACACAUUGUUACGGCUGGUGGAGAAAGGGUCAAUGUACUUAUUCAGUAGGAGAUUUAAGAUGGCUAUUUGAUAAAAAUCAUCAACACUAUUUAUUUGCAUCUAAAUUCGAUAUUAGGAGAGAUCAUGUUGUAAUGGAUUGUAUUGAA